AGCUCUGUCAUGGCGGCACUCAGGCCUCAAGCCGGUGUGUGGAACCAAGAUGUUGAGCUUUUUGUCCGCUCGACAGUCGGGUUUGGAGGACCCUCUUCGCUUGCGUAGAGCGCAGUCCACACGGAGGGUCCUGGGACUGGAGUUAAACAAAGACAGGGAUGUUGAAAGAAUCCAUGGCAGUGGAGUUAACACUCUUGACAUUGAGCCUGUUGAAGGAAGAUACAUGUUGUCAGGUGGUUCCGAUGGUGUGAUUGUACUCUAUGACCUUGAGAACGCCAGCAGACAGCCCUAUUACACAUGUAAAGCAGUGUGUUCCGUUGGCAGAAGCCAUCCUGAUGUUCACAAAUACAGCGUGGAGACUGUUCAGUGGUACCCUCAUGACACUGGCAUGUUCACAUCCAGCUCGUUUGACAAAACUCUGAAAGUAUGGGAUACAAACACAUUGCAGGCUGCAGAUGUGUUUAAUUUUGAGGAAACAGUUUACAGUCAUCACAUGUCCCCAGCAGCCACCAAGCACUGUCUGGUAGCAGUUGGAACUAGAGGACCCAAAGUACAACUUUGUGACUUAAAGUCUGGAUCCUGUUCUCACAUUCUACAAGGUCACAGACAGGAAAUAUUGGCAGUUUCCUGGUCCCCACGCUAUGACUAUAUCUUGGCAACAGCAAGUGCUGACAGUAGAGUAAAAUUAUGGGAUGUGAGAAGAGCAUCAGGAUGCUUGCUUACUCUUGAUCAGCAUAAUGGGAAAAAGUCACAAGCUGUUGAAUCAGCAAACACUGCUCACAAUGGGAAAGUUAAUGGCUUGUGUUUUACAAGUGACGGGCUUUACUUGCUCACCGUUGGCACAGACAACCGAAUGCGGCUCUGGAAUAGCUCCAGCGGGGACAACACACUGGUGAACUACGGGAAGGUGUGUAUUGACAGCAGGAAAGGGCUGAAGUUUGCUGUCUCCUGUGGCUGCAGCUCAGAGUUUGUGUUUGUUCCCCAUGGAAGCACCAUUGCCAUGUAUGCAGUCCACUCAGGAGAGCGUCUCGCCAUGCUUAAGGGACAUUACAAAAGUGUCGACUGCUGUGUGUUUCAGCCUAAUUUCCAGGAACUUUACAGUGGGAGCAGGGACUGCAAUAUUCUUGCUUGGGUACCAGCUUCAUAUGAACCAGUUCCUGACGAUGAUGAUGAAGCUCCAACCAAAUCCCAGUUGAACCCAGCGUUCGCGGAUGCCUGGAGCAGCAGUGACGAGGACGGGUGACUGUCAGUCCAGUGCCUCGGCUCUUGGCCCCUCGGACUUCCAGGGCAGUGCUGUGUGUACUUCCGCACGGGGUGUCCUUCCUAUUAUUGUUGUUUGAGACAGUGUCUCGCUGUGUAACCCUGCCUAGCCUGGACUAGCCUGGAGCUCUGUAUAGAGCAGACUUGGCUCACACUUGCAGCCGUUCUGCCUCUGCUCCCAGGUGCUGGGGUUAGAGGUGUGUACCACGUGGCCCCUUCUGUGCGUGUAUGUGUUUGUUUCAUUGUUUUUAAAACUUUUUAGACAGUUUCUAGCCUGUUAAUCCUGAAUUUGGGGUAUUUCCCUCUGUUUUAAAAUGAGAUUAAUAUUUAUAAAACCCUGAAAUACACUUUUCUAUAGGAUAAUUGAUCAAAA